AUGCACGCCUCCCCUCUUUGCCUCACGAUAGAAGCGUUACCGCAGCCACUAGCAGCUUAGCUUCUCGCGCACUCGCCGACAUGGCUUCCACCUCGAGCUUCCUGACCCUGGCGCUCGUCAUGGCCGCCAUGCUCCUCGGAGGCGGCAAUACGUGCCACGCGGCGCGCCUCCUCGCCGAACUGCCAGUGCCUGAAGUGCCAGGUGUGCCUGGCGUGCCGCUGCCGCCGCUGCCUGAAGUGCCUGGCGUGCCGCUGCCUGAAGUGCCGAAGGUGCCGCUGCCGCCAGUGCCUGAAGUGCCUGGCGUGCCGAAGGUGCCUGAAGUGCCGAAGGUGCCGCAGCCGCCGGUGCCUGAAGUGCCAGGCGUGCCGAAGAUGCCACUGCCACCGUUGCCGUUCGUUCCCAGCGUAAACGAGCCUGUGCCGUCAUUCCUUGCACCGCCUCCAUCGGCCUAGACGUGCAAAUACCGACAUGGCUGGUCGCUGAGACGUCCUGUCCAUUUUAUAUAUGUGUGUGUGUUGUAUUUCAUAGAGGCAUUAUUACAUGUCCGCUCUCUCUCUCUCUCUAUAUAUAUGUGUGUAUGCUGUAGGGUACGUGUAGGCGGUGUUCGACUGUUCGAUGUAUGCCAGUGUGAGUAAUUCUUUAUUAUGGAUACAAGGGCUGCCGCUCCAAUGUAAUACAUGUAUGGUACUAUAUAUUGUUAUUAUUACUAGUUAUAUGCUAACGUGAUGUGUAUUCAUUUA